AUGUUUUUAAAAAUUACUGAAACAUGUGUGUUUUUAGAUAAAUUAAUUAUGAAAAGUCAAGAAUGGUGGGACGCAAGAGAAGCAAGGAAGCGAAUGUGGGUGGACAGAUUUAAUUACCUUACAAAUAGAUUGCAUGCAGCUGCAUGAAUUGUAUUAGCAGUCGUCGUGCUUUAUUAUUCGAACUUCUUUCUCGUCAUUUGGGAAAGCACAAAAGUGAAUCAGCUGUUUUUUUCUUUAACUAUGAUGACUUUUGGGAUUAUGACUGCUAUGACAUUAUAUGUCUCCUUUAUCUUACCUUCUCAUGAAGAUAUUGAAGUUACUGCUCCAAGACUUAUCCCACUUGCAUCUGCCAUAGGAGGAUUCUGCUACUUGUGUGCACAUAUUGCAUUUUGGCCUAUCUGGGGAUGGUAUACUCCUUUUAUUCUGUUUUCUCUUAUGCUUGGAUAUAUUAUGCUUGGGACUUUCAUGCCAAAGAAUUCUUUUGGAUCAGUUUUAUUCCUUGCUAUCUUUAUAUUUGCUGUUAUUUCUUUUCGAUAUAUUCCUCAUAAAGGACUACUACAUUAG